GCGAGCGCCGCUGCGGAGGUAUCGCUCCUCCGAUUUCUCGCCGCCAGGAAGGUCCUAGGAGAGAUGCAAGCCAGGCCUUGUAGGCACCCACGGAGAAGACUGGUCGAGCCCAUGAAUCCCCGCUGCCGCUUUCGCCACUCCUAACCGUUAAGCGCGCUGAGGGCCAUGGCUGAGGUGCAUGUGAUUGGGCAGAUCAUGGGAGCCUCCGGUUUCUCUGAAAGUAGCCUCUUCUGCAAGUGGGGCAUCCACACAGGGGCAGCAUGGAAACUCCUGUCCGGCAUGCGGGAGGGCCAGACACAGGUGGACACCCCUCAGAUAGGGGAUAUGGCCUACUGGUCCCACCCCAUCGACCUGCAUUUUGCCACCAAAGGUCUUCAAGGCUGGCCCCGGCUCCAUCUCCAGGUGUGGUCUCAGGACAGCUUUGGCCGCUGCCAGCUGGCAGGCUAUGGAUUUUGCCACGUGCCCAGCAGCCCAGGCACCCACCAGCUGGCCUGUCCCACGUGGCGGCCCCUGGGCAGUUGGCGGGAGCAGCUGGCUCGGGCCUUUGUGGGUGGCGGGCCACAGCUGCUGCAUGGGGACACCAUCUACAGUGGGGCCGACCGCUAUCGCCUGCACACAGCCGCGGGUGGCACCGUGCACCUUGAGAUCGGCCUGCUGUUGCGCCACUUCGACCGCUACGGUGUGGAGUGCUGAGGCACCCGGCUGCCACCCAGGCCCCUGGACACCCAGCGAGGGGCGGGAUGGCCCAGCGGUCGAGGGCAUGGGCUCUGGGCCUGAUCCCAGCCAAGGCGUGGCACUGCUCCCGACCUCGCCAGGACCUCCGGCCCAGUCGCGGUCCCUCUGCCCCGGCAGUAGCUGUGUGGGUCCCAGGGGUCGGGGGAGAAGAGGCUGCUCAGCACAUGGGAGGUGCUCAAUAAAGAAGGGCGGCUCUCACAGG